GCUGGAUGUACCAGUACGCCGCAACUCUGACUCAGAGGUAAUACCUGAGACGAGUCAGUCUUUAGAUACGCAUCAACUUAAUACGCAAAGUUGCGCAACGCUACCCAGUCACUUUCUGUCCGUCACAUGUUGAGCAGAUACUUCUUCAUAUCUCAACUUCUUCUCUGAGGCACAAGCUUUCUCCACUGCUCCAGUCAACCAUGGCUCUCGCUGUCAACAACACCACUACUCCAGCACUCUUUUCGUCAUUGUCCCUCGGUGGCAAGGAAAACCGUGUUCAACUGAAGCAUCGAGUUGUUAUGGCCCCUCUCACUCGUGUGCGCUCUGGCGACUCGGGGGUGCCGACGGAUGUGGUGAAGUUGUACUACUCACAACGCGCCACGGACGGUGGGCUGCAGAUCACCGAGGCCACGAACAUCAGCGCCACAGCUCGCGGCUACUUUGGUGCUCCUGGACUCUUUCGCGAGGAUCAGGUCGAGGGCUGGAAGGCAGUAACUGAAGCUGUGCAUGCAAAAGGCGGUAAGAUAUUCGCACAACUGUGGCAUACUGGGCGUGUGGGUCACCCGCUGAAUCAGCCAAACGGCCAGCUGCCGGUGUCAUCGAGUGCUACCAGUUUUGAAGGCGUGAAGAGCCACGCCGUGACACGCGAAGGCCGCAAAGACUACGUGACACCGCGAGCUUUAGAAAUCUCGGAAAUCCCUGGUAUCGUCGCCGACUACAAGCGCGCUGCAGAGAACGCUAUCCUCGCUGGAUUCGAUGGUGUAGAAGUCCACGCGGCCAAUGGAUACCUGCUUGAACAGUUCCUGUGUGACGGUGUGAACAAGCGCACGGACGCUUAUGGGGGUAGCAUCGAAAACCGUGCGAGAAUAAUCUUUGAGGUGCUGAAGGCUGUGCUCUCCGUCGUUCCAUCGAGCCGGGUGGGUAUUCGUCUGUCCCCUUUCGGUGAUACGUUUGGAUGUAAGGACUCGAUGCCACAUGAGACGUACGGGUAUGUGGUUGAGAGGCUAAACAAUUACGAUCUGGCCUAUCUGCACGUAAUCGAACGACGUGGUCGCCAUGCAGACAGCGUUGACGCCCCGGCGGGCGGAGUGGCUCACCACUUUCGCGGCAUCUACAAUGGAGUUCUUAUCGCGGCUGCGGGAUUCGACCGCGUCGACGCGAUUCGAGCCGUCGAGGAUGGUAUUACUGAUCUCGUUGCCUUCGGUAGAUACUUCAUCUCAAACCCAGACCUCGUGGAACGUUUGCGCACCGAUGCGGAUCUGAACGCGUUCGACUCCAAGACAUUCUACGUGCAGCCAGAUAUGCCCGUGGAGGCUGGAUACACGGACUACCCAUUUUUGGAUGAAGAAAACAAGAGCGUUCGCUCAACUGGGUUCGCUUAGAAGCUGAAUGCAGCUACAGGUACUGCUAUUACUGCUACCAUGCCACCUAGGUACGUUGUAUCAGUAAAUAUAUAGACUCCAGCUACACUACUGUUAGUGAGAGUACUGUAAUUGCAUUCACGUAGCUGCAUUGAGGAUUCAUGUAUUCUCAAAAACGCGACUUCAAUUUUAUUCGUUUUUAGUUCAGAUUUUUAUUUUUAUAAAAUGUUAAAAUAAAUGUUGAAGAAAAC